AUUAUGUCGAAGUAGCGGUAAAAUUCAAGUGCUCGGUCAAGGCCCGCGCAGCACACUGAUCCAGUGGAGGAGCCACUCCACUGCUACCUGCAACCCAAGCAGGACGUGGACUCUCUUCGGCUAUACUACAAUUAUAUUUUUAGUUUUUUAAUUUCGGCAUAAUGGAUCGUCGGAAUAAAAUCCUGUGGUUAUGGCUGACGUGUAGUUUAGUUCUAGCGAAUUCGUAUAAAAUUGAGAUCGAUGAAGACUAUUCAACGGCGGAAGACGAGUUAGAAAACAUCGUGCAAGAUAGUGAACCCAUAUCUAUAGAAAGUACUAGAAAAGGCAGAAUAUUGUGGCCGUAUCCAGUCAGUAACAUUAGCAAGCCUUUAAAUAAUGCCAAAAUUGGAACUACGAAAAAUGAAAGCGAGAGAGGAAAAAGAUUUUUAAUGUGGCCAUAUCACCAAAAUCCACUAAUUGAUGUGAUGGUGCAAGCAAUGGGAAUUCAACAUCAAAACAGUCACGAUCCGUUCGACUUCCUUCGAGAUUCGUUCCCGUUGCCAAAAGGUUACCCUCAACCCCUUGAGGAAUACGAUUAUGUUAUCGUCGGAGGAGGUACGGCCGGAUCGGUGUUAGCCGCAAGACUGUCAGAAGAGAAACCAAAAGCCAUGGUAUUGGUAAUAGAAGCAGGAAAGCCAGAGAUGCUAUUGUCUGACGUCCCCGCUCUGGCACAUUACCUCCAGUUAACUGAUUACGCCUGGCCAUACACAAUGGAACAUCAACCGGGCGUUUGUUUGGGAAGCGAAGAGCAACGUUGCUAUUGGCCCAGAGGUAAGGCGCUUGGCGGUACGAGUGUGACUAACUUCAUGUUGUACACCAGAGGUCGCCCGCAAGACUGGGACAGGAUCGCCGAGGACGGAAAUUAUGGAUGGUCCCAUGACGAAGUUUUGAAGUAUUUUAUGAAAUCUGAAAGAGUUGAGCUGAGAAAAUAUAAAAAUGCUACGUACCGCGGUCGGGACGGUGAACUAACCGUCGAGAAUGUUCCAUUCAAGACCGGUCUUGUUGAAGCAUUUCUCAAAGCGGGCCGUAACUUUGGCCAUCCAACUGUAGAUUAUAAUAACCCUGAUCAAUUAGGCUUUGGAUAUAUUCAAACGACGACAAACAAAGGUCAUAGAAUGAGUACUGCUAAAGCCUUUCUUCACGCGAAUAAACGCAGAAAAAAUCUUCACAUUUUGACUGAAGCGAGAGCUACGAAAGUCGUCAUUGACCCUCAAAGUAAAAGAGCUUACGCUGUUGAAUAUAUAAAAGACAAUAAGCAGUACACUGUUCGUUGUCGCCGAGAGGUCAUCCUGUCUGCAGGUCCCAUAGCUUCACCACAAUUACUCAUGUUAUCUGGAGUCGGACCCGAGGAACAUUUGAAAACAUUAGGAAUUCCUGUAAUUUCAAACUUACCAGUGGGAAGAACCCUCUACGACCAUAUUGGCGUUCCAGCGGUAAUUUUCAAAUUAAAUACUACCAACUCUAGUCUUCUUGAACCCAAAGUUGCAACAUUGCCUAAUUUCAUGCAAUGGAUGCAAUUCGGUGACGGUCUGCUUACUACUCCUGCUGCUAUAGAAGCUUUAGGUUACAUAAAGACAUCAAAUUCCGAGGAGCCAGCAUCGAUCCCUGAUAUAGAAAUUAUAAGUAUGGCUUCAUCAAUAAAUUUCGAUUCGGGUGGCCCACUUGGCAAAAGCUGGAAGAUUAGCGAUAGAACCUAUGUAAAAUCUUUUGGAUCAUUGAACGGCCUCGAUACAUGGUCAGCAGUGCCUAUGUUAUUACAGCCCAAAUCUAAAGGUUAUCUGGAGCUGAGAGAUACUAACCCUUUCUCACAUCCUAAAAUGUACGGAAAUUACUUAACUGAUCCGCGCGAUAUUGCUACAUUGCUUGAGGCCAUUAAAUAUAUUAUAAAAUUGGGAGAAUCACCAGCUUUCGAGAAGUAUGCGCCUAAGCUACACCUCGCCGAGUAUCCAAGUUGCACAGGUCAUGCACCCGGAUCGAAUUCUUACUGGGAGUGUGCUAUAAGAACGAUGGUAAUAUCUCUCCAUCAUCAAAUAAGUACUUGCAAAAUGGGUCCUUCCACCGAUGCCUCAGCGGUAGUAGAUCCUGAACUAAGAGUGUAUGGAGUGGAAGGUUUAAGAGUGGUUGACAGUAGCAUUAUACCUCGACCGAUAAGUGCACACACAGCUGCACCUGCCGUAAUGAUUGCUGAAAAAGCAGCGGACAUAUUGAAAAAAACUUGGGUAAAUGUAGUAUAGAAUUUGUGUAAGAUAUUUAUUAAACUUAAUUUAUUUAUU